AUGCCUGCAGAUGACUCAGAUGUUGAGUACUUACUGAAGAUCCAGGAGCUCAAGAUCCGCCAGGGACCAGAUCUCUUGCAGAGCCUCAUCAAGUACUUCCAGGCACAGCUCACGUUUUUCCAGGACGGUUUGAAAGCUGCAGAGAACCUCAGUCCCUUUGUGGAGAAGUUGGCCACCUCUGUGCACACGGUACGUCUGGAGCAGGAUGAGGAGAUGCGGCAACUUGCCCAUUUGCGGGACUCUCUCCGGUCAGCCCUGCAGGGCGAGGGCAAAGUGGAGUACAUGAACCGUAAGAACUCGGGUCACGGCUACAGCAUCCACCAGCCCCAGGGCAACAAGAAGUACGGCACUGAGAAGUCCGGCUUCCUCCUCAAGAAGAGUGAUGGAAUCCGAAAAGUGUGGCAGAAGCGGAAAUGUGGGGUGAAGUACGGCUGCCUGACCAUCUCUCACAGCACGAUCAACCGGCCACCGGCGAAGUUGAACCUCCUGACCUGUCAGGUGAGACCCAAUCCAGACGACAGGAGGACCUUUGACCUGGUCACACACAAUCGCACCUACCACUUCCAGGCAGAGGACGAGCAGGAAUGCAUGAUCUGGGUGUCGGUACUCCAGAACAGUAAAGAGGAGGCGUUGAACGCGGCUCUAGGUAGUGACCAGCAGGACAGUGGUCUCCAGGAGCUCUCCAGAGCGGUCAUCUCAGGCCUGCGCAACAUGCCCGGCAACGAGGCCUGCUGUGACUGCGGAGCACCAGAUCCCACCUGGCUCUCCACAAACCUAGGCAUCCUCACCUGCAUAGAAUGUUCCGGAAUCCACCGGGAGCUGGGGGUGCACUACUCCCGCAUCCAGUCGCUCACCCUGGACGUGCUCAGCACCUCCGAACUCCUGCUAGCAGUAAGCAUUGGGAACACGAGGUUCAAUGACAUCAUGGAGGUCAAUCUGCCCAAUGACACGGUGAAGCCUGUUCCUCGAAGCGACAUGACGGCCAGAAAGGAGUACAUCGUGGCCAAGUACGCUGAGCGGCGCUACGUGCUGCGGAAGGACGACUCGGAGCCGGACCAGUACCGCGUCCACGACACGGUCAAGACGCGCGACCUGACCGCCCUCCUGCAGCUCUACGCCGAGGGGGAGGACCUGGCCAAACCCACCGCACUGCCCGAGGGACAGGACCUGAGAGAAACGGCUCUUCAUCUGGCGGUGAGGAUGGCAGACCGGAGUUCUCUGGCUCUGGUGGACUUCCUGACUCAGAACAGUGGAUGUCUGGAGAAGAGGACCGUAGAGGGAAACACAGCUCUGCAUUACUGCGCUCUCCACAAUAAGACUGAGUGUCUCAAGCUGCUUCUGAAAGGAAAGGCUGUACUCACGACAGUGAACGCGUCGGGUGAGACUGCGUUAGACGUGGCCAAAAGACUACAGCACACCCACUGCAUAGAACUGCUGGAGCUGGCCCACAGUGGGAAGUUUAACUCUCAGAUCCACGUGGAGUACACCUGGGAGAUGCCACAGGAGCUCAUGUACGACAGUGAGGACGACCUAGACGAGAGGGUGAACCCUCACUCCAGGGGCGGCCUGCGCUCUCCACUCCCCCCUAAUGGCCACAGUCCAAACUCCCCCUCGCGCUGGAACUUCAGCAGCACCAGCGUGGCCAAUAAGACCUAUGAGAACGUGGACUUCCUGUACUGCAACCCGCCGGCCAACAGUGCGCCCACAGGCACCAUGCCACCACCACUGCCAGCCAAGUCCAUCCAAAGAGGUCGUUCCGACCCCCAGAUCUCCGUGUCGGUGAUGGAGGGGGCGAACAUCCCCAUGCGCCUCUCCUCAUCCCAGCGGCACGGGACCCCCUCCCCGCGGGCCGACCCCCAGCCGGUCGUGAGGACGCAGCGGCCCCCACACGGGGCCGGGGUCAGGGCCCAGAGGCAGACCAUGUCCUGGGACGGGCAGCCACCCAAUGGGGCGGCCAGCAUGGCCACCACGGAACCCAAGAGCACCUCACCGCAGAACCACCUCGGACCCAUCAGCUCUGAGAAGACCACGUCGUAUCGGCGGACGAGUAGCGGGGGUCAGGGGAAGGGCGGCGUGCCCAGCUGUGCGGGCAGCCAGGAGGAGCUCUACUGCAGCCUGGUGACCAGCGUCCAGCCCGGCACCCCCACGCCCACCGCAACGCCCACCGCCACUGCACCUAUAUGCCUGCCCCCCCCGCCACGCACGCGCAGGAACGCCAUGGUGUCCCAGAUAAAGCCACGGCUGAAGAAGGUGAGGGCCCUGGUGGACUGCAGGGCGGUCAGCUCUGACCAGCUGGCCUUCUUCAAGGAUGAGGUCAUCAUUGUCACAGCAACCGAUGACCCCCACUGGUGGGUUGGCCACAUUGAUGGAGAUGCAUCGAGAAGUGGAAUAUUUCCCGUCAACUACGUGCACAAGCUGGGGGAGUGGUCCACCAGGGACUCCUGAAGGACCAAUAAGCUACCGUCUCUUUGGGAUGCAGCCACCCGCUGCACCAAUCAGAGAGAAGAACAUUUGUAAAGCCACUUAUGUCCAAAACUCAUACUGAUUGAACCACAUUUUUGCGACUCUUUGAAUCCGUUAUGGAUGGACUGACGGACGGAUGGAUGGAUGGAGGGAUUGUUUUUGGACCAGCAGCUACGCUACAUUAGCCCUGUAGGACACUGCUGUGGUCACUGAACAGAGGAUGGCUGGAAAGCUCAGUCCCUCAAAGUGCUUCUCCCCACCACUCUUAGACACAGCAGCACUUAACAUCCAGCCAGACGUAUGAUCAGACCAGGACAGGAGCAGCCUCGCCAGAAUACACGUCAUCAACACAAGACUAUGAACCAGUUUGCUCAGUGUGUGUGUGUGUGUGUGUGUGUGUGUGUCAUGAAUGUGUGUGUGUGUGUCAGGAAUGUGUGUGUGUGUGUGUGUGUGUGUGUGUGUGUGUGUGUGUGUGUGUGUGUGUGUGAGUGUCUCUUUGUGCAUGUGUGUGUGUGUCAUGAAUGUGCGUGUGUGUGUGUGUGUGUGUGUGGCCCUCUAGUGGUCACCCUGAGUCACAGACAGGUGCACGACUUGCAUUGCGUCUAUUGCAUCUGUCUCAUGUAUUGCUCCAUGAAGAGCAUGCAGGCAUUCUGCUGUGUGCCUGUCCUUCUCCAUGUAAGAGCACCGUCAACACCACCACCACCACCACCACCACCAUCACCACCACCACCACCACCACCACCACCACCAUUUCAACUGGCUACACCUGUGUGGAGUACAACAUUAAUCUGCAUUGCACCCACAAACCCAAAACUGACUCCCAAAUUCAACAGCAGAUAUCCAGGAUCACUCGCUGGGCUCCUGUCUGACCAAGUGGAAUACGCCCUGGACUGACCCAUGUGUAUAUAUGUGUAUAUUUGGCACAGUGAGAGGGAGAACAUCAUUAUUGUUCUCAUUUACUCCAUGUGAUGUUUUUAGCCUAGUCACUCUUGAGUCUCCCUUAUCUCAUCCUCUCUAACACAGCUGCAUGGCCGCUGAUGGGAGGAGAUGGACGAUAGACGGGCGUCAGCUUUGGGCUAGUUUAAUUCCCUCUCCUCAGGAGUGAGUCGGGUUACAUAGCUGUCCAGUUCCCUGCCGUCCAUGACUGGAACACUUUGUUUCUGUACCCUUUCUCCUGAAGUGGAGGUGUGCAGCUGAGCCAUGCUGGCUCGCUGUAGUAGCGCAGAGAGGAAUUGUACUAGAAUGUUGGCCCUCUGCAUGGCGUCUACAACCAGUUCAGCACCAUUCACUCUCUGAGGCAUGGAGGCGUUUCUACACACACUAGUACUAAUUAUCUAGUCUUCAGAGGCAUGGAGGCGUUUCUACACACACUAGUACUAAUUAUCUAGUCUUUUCAUCAUAAAGCGCAAACAUCCACGUAGCUAUUAAAAGCUGUAUGUUGCUUGCAGUGGGGUUUUUGUUGGGGGGGGGGGGGGGGGGGUCUGAGUGUACACACUCAGUGGAGCCCCAGUGUGUCUGUCACGGCCUGAAUAAUUAACGCUGAGAGACGCGCACGCGCUGAGCUCUGGACGGUCUGGACUGUCUGAUGUCUCAACGCGAUAGCGACUUCCCUGAGACUGCUGGAAUGGAGCAGGGAGGGUCUGUCUGAGUGUCCACGUCCCUGGUCUGGGAACGCUACGCUAGCUGCGCCCCUGUAUUACCAAUUACUGUGUUGCCGCUACGCUAGAAGCGCCCCUGUAUUACCAAUUACUGUGUUGCCAUAUCAACUGUUGUCAUAUCACCCUAUAGCUGUAUCCUCCUGUCCUUUUGACAGGGGUCUGUGUAUAUGUUUAUGCAUGUGCAUACUGCCUCAUGGGUCUGUGUUUAUGUUUAUGCAUGUUCAUACUGCCUCUGUACCAUGUCCAGGACUUUACCUGCGUUCAUGGGAGUUCAUUAAAAAUGUGUAAUAAGCUA